CAUUUUCAAACUAACCUUGAAAUUAGAAAAGAAGAUGAUCCUUAAAUUGCACAGGUGGGCAGAGGCACAGUCACAAAAAGAUUAUAUUAAAAAAAGCUUAUUAAAAGUCCUAAAGCCGCAUACCAACUUUCUGUCCUCAUAUCUGCUGUCAGAUGGAAAAAUUUUUAGUUUUGAAUAUAUUUAUAUAUCAAUCUGCUCCAAUGCGACAAACAUGAGUAUUAUUAAAGAUAGAGAAAAGUAACAUAAAAAUAUGGCAAUAAAUUAAAGAUACCCAAUAAACUAAGGAGGCCGAGGAAGAAAAAGAGAAUGAAGUAGCUAGUCUUAUGUGUGUGCGACAGGCAGGCAGGUAGGCAGCUUGCAAGAAUAUAAAUAGAGGAGACUAUUGUAAGAAGGUGUAUCUAUGUAUGUAUGGAAAUGGGAAAUAGGGGUAGUUCAUGCAAUCGGAAGAAGAAAGAGGUGUUUAAGGUGCUAUUGGUGGAUGAUGGGAGGGUGGAGGCGUACAGAAAAGCAAUGAGAGCAGGAGAGCUGAUGGUUGAAUACCCAGGGCACUUUGUGUGUGAUUCCGGUUACCUGAAAGUAGGGCACCGCAUCCAAGGCCUGCUAGCCCACCAAGAGCUUCAGGGCCGAAAAUUCUACUUCCUUCUGCCAAUGGACCUCCUAUACUCCGUCCUCACCCACGACGAGUUGAGCUCCUUCAAUUACAAGGCAUCCCGAUCCAGGCCAACCCUCAACAAUUUUGCUAAUACGAUAUUUAGCCACUUUUUUGUAUGCAUGUGUCCUCCACAGCCCGAGAAAUUGCGAUCACUUGCUGAUGCUGGUGCUGAGACUGAUGAAACGUACUCGAAGCUGAGAUCUUGGAGGCCCGCACUGGAGACCAUUAACGAAAGUCCAUCAAGAGCUUAGAUACAUACAUGUUUUAAUUUUGUCUCCGUUUUUCUUGGAUUCUUUUAUUCUUCUCCUGCCCUCCUCAUUCUAUUUGUAUUUUGUAGUUUCACACACCUUAGAUUUAGCCCUCUUCUAUAUGCUCCCUGACACAAAUUUACACUCUGUUUUUAGUUUGUACUCGCGAUCAAAGACUGCUAAUGUAAUUAGAAAGACGAGAAUUAAUUCAUUU